AUGACUACUGCUACCCUUAGCAACCGCCCCUCCAGGUCCUUCAACUGGGCCGACGACGAGGAGGACGAUUUCGAUUUUGAGUCCUGGAAAGCCACCGCCGACACUUCCGCACCUUCCAUCAAGGACUUGACCCCACUGCAACUUCCGCCCAGCGAGGAUGAAUCUCAAUUCACCGUCACCAAGCUAGAGCUCUCUAAAGAGCACGCGUCAAGCACGGUUUCUGGCGAGUUCCCGCUUCUCGAUGACACCUCGUCGACGGUUCAACAGCCCUCCGACGGUGAAGCAGAGGUGACUGGAGAAGCUGAAUGGCAGUGCGCUCAUGACCAACUCGUGUGUCGCGCACUACAAGACUCCUCUGAUAUGCCAGCGUACGGCGAGAUGAGCUAUUACGACGAGUAUAAUCCGAGUCCGCACAAGCGCGCCAACUAUACACAGAACUGGAACCAGAUGAAGGCGAAUAGCGGUCUUGACUGUCGGCGGCCAGUGCUUUAUAGGUCCUCAUCUUUGCGACAGGUCUUCUUCUUUGAAGAAGACGAAAUCACUGAGCCGAUCGAACCAGCGGACGAGGAUGUCGAGGCCUACGAGCGAUUCAGCGAGAUCGAUAUAAACGAUCUUCCUCAGCUCCAACACGGCGGCAGUGAGACGGACGAAGAGGAGGCACAGACGCCGCCUAUAUCGACUCCAGUACCGAUCAUCCGCAAGAAGAAUGACGAAAUGUCCGAUCUUGCAAAGACGCCUUCGAUUGACAUCGAAGUUGUGUCGGAUGAUGCGAUUACUACAGACAACCCGCCUCGUCCGAAGAUUGUCGCAGCAGCUGAUGGCGAUUUCGACUUUGACGAAGUCUUCGAGGACCCGAACGACACGAAGUCUUCCGACGAAGGCUAUCAUUCGACCUCUCCAGCUGUAUCUCCAACCUUUACAUGUAGCGACGAGAAGCUCGAUACAGCUUUCUCAAUGAAGACAGUUGGCCCGCGCCCCACCGCUUCUUUUGCUCAUCGCAAGCGCCCCGAGCGCCACGAUUCCAUGGACGCACUUGUCGAGUUCAGGAAGAACUCAGAAGACGAGGACGCCAUUGAAGAUGCAAUCGACGAUGAUGAGGAUCCACCCAAGGACCAAGACAUUAUCAUCGAUGAUAAGACACCGGGAGUCAUCGACCUCCCUCCUACUCUUCUCUCCAAUUCCCCACCAUCUCCAGACGCAACCGAGUGCAAGAUCGACAUUGUCAACGAUGAGCCACUUGAAGCUAUCGAUCAAACCCCCACUCUUCCUCCUGCCGCCUCUCGGAUUUCUCCAAAGGCGCUCGCUAUCGUACCGGAGAUGCCAUCCUCAGGUGUAGAACACAUCAAACCGAAUCCAAGUAUCUCAGAUUAUGUAUCUGGAGCUGUUUCGACUGGGUGUGGACUUAUCUCCCUGGUGCCCUGCAUAACAGUUGGCGUUGUCAUUGCGGGCGCCGUUGUCGGUGGCCUUUUCUGCCUCGCUCGCCGUCGCUAG